GGUGCCUGGUGGUGAACACGAUAGUCAGGCUCAAGCUGGAUGGAGUGCUCGACGUCGCGUAUCGGUGGGAUGCUAGCGUACGAGAACGGUGAUGGAAAAAUGUUGUUGUACUCUCGAAUGAGGUCACGAACUGCGGGCUCCAAGUCGGCCGUAUAUCGGGCGAGUUCCUCAGCGUCAGCGUCGGCGCGCGACGACGGGGUGGACUCGACGGACGGCGGAGGGACGAAAGAAGAGAUGGGAGCUAUGAAGAUGGAAGGAGGGUCUGCGGGGAUAAGAGGCGCCGAGGGGGGACGACGCACGACGCUGGCGGGAAAGGUCAGUGUAGUGGCGGUCGAGGGCGGUAGUGUAAGGGCACCGCGAGGAGGUAUGACCGUCCAAGCGGCAUCGCAAACACCCACGCCGGCCCAGAAUAGCCGCGCGCUCCUCAACACAAAGGACACCGCGAGGAGGGACGAAGCCCUGAGGGAGGUCCUCCUGAGGGACCUCGGAGUGCGACGCACCUGCGUGACCGGGGCGGCUGCGUGCCCGGGAAAGGGUGGAAAGGAUGAGCUGGAGGCGCUCAGCCAUAGGGAGAGUAGGGUCCUCCACGUGGUGGUGGACGGCCUCGCUGAGGUCGAGGUCGGCGCUAUGGUCACCCUCUGGUGACAGCGGGGCACCAACGUCCUGCUCACCAUA